CUGGCAUCAACAAGACUCCAAGGAUCUCUUGCUGCUCGCCGCCUACCGCCUCGCAAUGCACUCGCGUCUCUCCCUCCCCGCGCGCCUCUCUCCCGCAUCUCGCCAUGUCCUAGGCUCGCAACAGGACCUCUCGUACUCUCGCGCUCAUAUGCGCAGGGUCCACCGGGAGGAGGCGCGGGUGGAUUUCCCGGGUUCAACAUGAUGGGACAGCAGCGGCAGAAGGGCGAGGCUCUCAAGGAAUAUAGUGUCGACCUUACCGAACUGGCAAAGAACGGCAAGCUCGACCCUACCAUCGGUCGCGACGAAGAGAUUCGAAGAACAAUUCAAAUCCUCUCUCGCCGGACGAAGUCCAACCCAGUUCUCAUCGGUCCGCCCGGUGUAGGCAAAACCGCUAUUCUCGAAGGCCUUGCGCAACGCAUCGUUGCCAAGGAAGUGCCAGAGUCUCUCCAAAACAAGCGUGUUCUGUCACUAGAUCUUGCCGCUAUCAUGGCGGGCUCUGGCAUUCGCGGGCAAUUCGAGGAGAAGUUCAAGGCGCUCAUCAAGGAUAUCGAGGAUGAAGCUGGAAACGUGAUCUGUUUCAUUGACGAGCUUCAUACACUCUUCAACCUCGGUAAAGCGGAAGGCAGUAUCGACGCCGGACAGAUGAUCAAGCCCGCGCUUGCCCGCGGCCUUCAGCUCGUUGGCGCGACUACGCCGGACGAGUUCCGGAAGACCAUCGGUAAAGACGCCGCGCUCGAACGUCGCUUCCAGCCCGUGCAGAUCGACGAGCCUACCGUUGAGGCGACGAUUUCUAUCCUUCGCGGUCUGAAGCCUCGAUAUGAGGUACACCACGGUGUCGGUAUCUCCGACGGCGCACUCGUUACAGCCGCGGUAUACAGCUCGCGCUACAUCUCCGACCGCUUCCUCCCCGACAAAGCGAUCGACCUUGUCGACGAAGCCGCCUCCGCCCUCCGCCUCGCCCAAGAAAGCAAGCCUGACGAGCUCGAGUCUCUCGACCGCGAAAUCAUGACGCUCGAGAUCGAGCGCGAGUCCCUCAAGAACGAGACCGACGUCUUCUCCGCCGAGCGGCGCGCCAAGGUCGAGGACACGCUCAAGGCGAAGCGCGAGGCCGCCGCGCAGCUCACGCAGGUGUGGCACGCGGAGCGCGCGCGCCUCGAGCGCAUCAAGGACACGAAGCAGCGGCUCGAGGACGCGAAGCGCGAGCUCGAGAUCGCGCAGCGCCAGGGGCAGUACGAGCGCGCGUCGCGCCUGCGCUUCGCGACGAUCCCCGAGCUCGAGCGGCAGCUCCCCGCGGAGGGCGCGGGCGAGCGCGGGGAGAGCGAGGACGCGGCGGGCCCGCUGGCGAUGCUGCAUGACCGGGUGACGAGCGCAGACAUCGCGCGCGUCGUGGCGAAGGCGACGGGCAUCCCCGUGCAGAGCCUGUUGAAGGGCGAGCGGGAGAAACUCGUGCAUAUGGAAGAUGUCCUCAGGAAGCGCGUGGUGGGCCAGGACCACAUUGUCGAGGCUGUCAGCGACGCUGUCCGUAUCUCGCGCGCAGGGCUCCAGGCACCGAACCGCCCCGUCGCGUCCUUCCUCUUCCUGGGCCCUACCGGUGUUGGCAAGACGGAGCUGUGUAAGGCUCUUGCCGGUUUCCUGUUCAACGACGAGUCGCGUGGACUAAUCAACAUCAACAUGUCUGAGUACCACGACCGGCACACGAUCUCGCGACUCAUCGGCGCCGCGCCCGGGUACGUCGGCUUCGAAGAAGGCGGCCAGCUCACCGAGGCAGUCCGACGCAAGCCCUACGCCGUCAUCCUGCUCGACGAGCUCGAGAAGGCCCACAAAGACGUCGCCAUGAUCCUCCUACAGAUCCUCGACGAGGGCAGCAUCACCGACUCCCAAGGCCGCAAGGUCGACUUCAAGAACACCAUCAUCUGCCUCACCUCCAACCUCGGCUCCGACAUCCUCGCACACGCGUCCGCAUCCGACCCCACCACCGGCGCGGUCUUGCCCGAUGCGCGCGACGAGGUCCUCGCGCGCACCGCCGAGUACUUCCCGCCCGAGCUGCUCAACCGCCUCGACGCGAUGCUCGUCUUCAACAAGCUCUCGCGGGACAGCAUCCUGCGCGUCGUCGACCUGCGCCUCGGGGACGUGCAGGAGCGUCUGCGCUCGAGGCGGAUCACGCUCGACGUGGACCGGGGCGCGAAGGACUGGCUCGCGAAGGAGGGGUACUCGGAUAUCUAUGGCGCGCGUGCGAUUGCGCGGAUCGUGCGCACGAAGGUGCUAUUCCCGCUCGCGCAGAAGCUGCUCAAGGGCACGAUCAGGGACGGAGAUGUCGUCCAGAUUCGUGCAUUGGAAGACGGAAAGGAGCUCGAUAUCAAUGACAACCACGAGGCCGACCCGUCGAUUGCUGCAUCGUCGACGCCUAUCGCCAACCUUGAGCACGGCGACGAGAACUCUGCAUAA